GAAGCAGCGAUGUGCGCAUGCUCGCGUCAGAGUCAGACUUCCUGUGUUGGGUUGUAGUUUCUGUCGCUGUCUCGUGAUAGCGUCAAACUUUAAAGGACUGUGUCAUCUUUAUCCAGGUGGACAGCGUGGCUGUUACAUGUGUAACAAACUGAGCUGUUGUUGGUGUGAAUGUAUCAGGGUGUAACCUGUUGUUAAGCUGUCUUAAAAACUGUGACAGAAGUGAUGCAACAUGGCAGCAACUCCUCUUCGCAGAUGUCUCCUGUCGGCGCUGAGGAGACACGCUCGGAGUCAGAGCGGUGGACUUCAGUCUGUGGCGGACAGGACGGCCAGCCGAGUGUCCUCUGCGGUGAUAUGUAACCAGGGACACACAUGCCUGGACAGGAGACCUCCGGGGGAGGAGCGGGACAGGAGAAGCGGCAGCUCGCCUCUGUUCAAGUCGCUGUCCGUGGGUUUGGGACUGUGUGGUGCGGCGCUGCUGGACAGCCAGACAGAGGACAGAGAGGAGGACAGAAGAGUGUCCAUCACCGGGCGGUGUCUUGAACUGUUUCUGCCAGCAGCUCAGUGUGCUUCUGUCUUUAAACCCGACAGCCCGCGGUAUAAAUACAACUUCAUUGCAGAUGUGGUCGAAAAGUCAACUCCAGCUGUUGUGUACAUUGAAAUCGUGGGCAGACACCCAUUUUCAGGGAGAGAAGUCCCAGUGUCGAAUGGCUCCGGUUUUAUCAUCAGCAGUGACGGUCUCAUUGUCACCAAUGCUCACGUUGUGGCCAACAAGAGAGGCGUCCGUGUGAAACUCACCAACGGAGCUGUGUACAACGCCACUGUGCAAGAUGUGGAUCCAGUGGCAGACAUCGCCACCAUCAAAAUCACUCCGAGUAAUCCGUUACCCACACUCACCCUUGGCCAGUCGUCUGACGUCCGACAGGGGGAAUUUGUGGUCGCAAUGGGAAGUCCGUUUUCUUUACGGAACACGAUCACGUCAGGAAUCGUCAGCUCGGUACAGAGAGGCAGUAAAGAGCUGGGCCUGUCCAACUCCAACAUGGAUUACAUCCAGACUGACGCAACCAUUGAUUUUGGAAAUUCUGGAGGUCCCCUGAUAAACUUGGAUGGUGAAGUCAUCGGUAUAAACACGAUGAAGGUCACUGCAGGAAUCUCCUUUGCUAUUCCAUCCGAUCGGCUGAGAGUUUUUCUUGAUCAAGCGGCUAAGAAAAAGAGUUCUUGGUUUGGCGGGUCAGAGUCAAAGCGGCGGUACAUCGGCGUUAUGAUGCUGACGCUGACGCCGAGCAUCAUUGCAGAGUUGAAGUUGAGAGAUCCGUCCUUCCCAGACGUGACACACGGCAUCCUGAUUCACAGAGUGAUCAUGGGCUCACCGGCCAACAGAGCUGGUAUGCAGUCAGGAGACAUCGUGCUGGAGAUAAACGGAGUGAAGGUGAACACCGCCGAGGAGAUCUACCACGCGGUCCACAGCAGCGACAAAAUCACCAUGGUGGUGCAGCGAGGAGAGGAGUUGUUUAGAUUGCAAAUGAUUCCAGAGUACACGGAGUGACAGUAACCACACCACUUCAUAAUAACCUGAUGGACACAAGAUUAGUUAAUGUACAUAAGAGACGAAAACUGUGUAAAAACACUGUAUUGAUGACUUUUGUGAAAUAUUUUGUUGAAAGUAAAUUACAGUGGCCAGCCUGCUGUGUCAGCUUAAAGUUAAAGGUUUUAUCGCUUCUCUGAAGUAGUGUGUGUGUGUGCAUAAUUAAUGAUUUCAGAUGUCAAUUUCUCAAAUUUUAACUGUUAUAUGAACUUGCAGGCAGCUAAAGACUUAGCUCGAUAAACAGUUCAGAUGUUCUCCAAAAACAAUAAACAGAAGAUUUACAUAUCUACCUCUA